CUUUCAAAAUGGCGGAGUGUGGAGCGAGCGGCAGCGGGAGCAGCGGGGACAGCCUGGACAAGAGCAUCACGCUGCCGCCCGACGAGAUCUUCCGCAACUUGGAGAACGCCAAGCGCUUCGCCAUCGACAUAGGUGGAUCGCUGACCAAGCUGGCCUACUACUCCACAGUGCAGCACAAAGUCGCCAGAGUGAGGUCCUUCGACCACUCGGGGAAGGACUCGGGGCAGGAGCAUGAGCCCCCCUACGAGGUGUCGGUACAGGAGGAGGUCACCGCACGCCUGCACUUCGUCAAGUUCGAGAACACGUACAUCGAGGCCUGCCUGGACUUCAUCAAAGCCCACCUGGUGAACACCGAGACCAAGGUCAUCCAGGCCACAGGGGGCGGGGCCUACAAGUUCCAGGACCUCAUCGAGGAGAAGCUGCAGCUGAAGGUGCACCGGGAGGACGUGCUGAGCUGCCUGAUCAAGGGCUGCAACUUCGUGCUGAGGAACAUCCCGCAGGAGGCCUUCGUGUGCCAGGGCGACGCCGACGCCGAGUUCCGCUUCCAGACGAACCACCCCCACAUCUUCCCCUACCUGCUCGUCAACAUCGGCUCCGGGGUCUCCAUCGUGAAGGUGGAGGCCGAGGACAGGUUCGAGUGGAUCGGCGGCAGCUCCAUCGGAGGCGGCACCUUCUGGGGGCUCGGGGCUCUGCUCACCAGGACAAAGAAGUUCGACGAGCUGCUGCAGCUGGCCUCCAGGGGCCAGCACGCCAACGUGGACAUGCUGGUGCGCGACGUGUACGGCGGCGCCCACCAGACCCUGGGGCUGAGCGGCGACCUCAUCGCCAGCAGCUUCGGGAAGUCUGCCACUGCCGACAAAGAGUUCUCGAAGGAAGAUGUGGCCAAGAGCCUGCUGCACAUGAUCAGCAACGACGUGGGGCAGCUGGCGUGCCUGCACGCCCGGCUGCACGGCCUGGACCGCGUGUACUUCGGCGGCUUCUUCAUCCGGGGCCACCCCGUGACCAUGCGCACCAUCACCUACAGCAUCAACUUCUUCUCCAAGGGGGAGGUCCAGGCGCUGUUCCUGAGGCACGAAGGCUACCUGGGGGCCAUCGGCGCCUUUCUGAGAGGAGCGGAGCAGGACAACCCUAACCAGUACAGCUGGGGCGAGAACUACGCCGGCAGCUCGGGGCUGAGGAGCACCUCGCCGGGGCUGGGCCCCACGCAGCGGGCCCGGAGCGGCACCUUCGACCUGCUGGAGAUGGACCGGCUGGAGAGGCCACUGGUGGACCUGCCGCUUCUCCUGGACCCAGCCUCCUACGUGCCCGACACGGUGGACCUCACUGACGACGCCCUGGCCCGCAAGUACUGGCUCACCUGCUUCGAGGAGGCGCUGGACGGGGUGGUGAAGCGAGCCGUGGCGAGCCAGCCCGAGGCCCUGGACGCGGCCGAGAGGGCCGAGAAGUUCCGACAGAAGUACAGGGACAAGCUGCAGGUGCUGCGGCUGCAGCCCUAUGCCUAUGGGAGCCUGACCGUGCGCAGCCUGCUGGACACCAGGGAGCACUGUUUGAACGAGUUCAACUUCCCGGACCCCUACUGCAAAGUGAAGCAGCAGGAGAAUGGCGUGGCGCUGCGGGGCUUCCAGAGCGUGGUGCGCGCCCUGGACGCCCUGGGCUGGGAGGAGCGGCAGCUGGCGCUGGCGAAGGGCCUCCUGGCGGGCAACGUCUUCGACUGGGGGGCCAAGGCCGUGGCUGACGUCCUCGAGUCCGAUCCGCACUUCGGGUUUGAAGAGGCGAAGAGGAAGUUACAAGAGCGGCCCUGGCUCGUGGAUUCCUACGACGCGUGGCUGCAGAGACUGAAGGGGCCCCCUCAUAAAUGUGCCUUAAUUUUCGCAGAUAACAGUGGAAUAGACCUCAUUUUGGGAGUCUUCCCCUUUGUCAGGGAGCUACUCUUUAGAGGGACGGAGGUCAUCCUGGCGUGCAACUCGGGCCCCGCCCUCAAUGACGUGACGCACAGCGAGUCCUUGCUGGUGGCCGAGCGCAUCGCGGCCAUGGACCCGCUUGUGCGCACGGCCCUCAGAGAGGAGAAGCUGCUGCUGGUGCAGACCGGUUCGAGCUCCCCCUGCCUCGACCUCAGCCGCCUGGACAAGGGGCUGGCCGCGCUGGUGCGGGAGCGUGGCGCCGACCUGGUGGUCAUCGAGGGCAUGGGCCGGGCCGUGCACACCAACUACCACGCGGCCCUGCGCUGUGAGAGCCUCAAGCUGGCCGUGCUCAAGAACGCCUGGCUGGCCGCGCGGCUGGGCGGCCAGCUCUUCAGUGUCAUCUUCAAGUACGAGGUCCCGGCCGAGUGAGCGCCGCCCGGCUCAGCGCGGCCGCAGAGACCUGUGUCCCUCGGAGUACUCGCCCCGCACCCGUGACUGACGGCCGGCCUGCCGGGGGCGCCGUGGCGGAGGGCAUUUAACUGUGAAAUAGUCUUUUAUAUAUGUAUAAAUAUAUAAAUAUAUACAGACGGCUGUGACGGCCACC